CAUUGCGACCAGCACGACUACUGUGUCGACCAUAUUCACGGACAGUACCGUGACAGACACUUUGACUACUACAUCAACCGUCACAUCGAUCAUCACAGAGUCACCUACGACCACCGUCAUAAGCAUUAGCACUAUCUCAGAAACGUCGACUUCUACCUCUAGCGUGAUCGUUGCUGCACCCAGCGGCUUCCAAUCCAUCUCCGACACAUCUGGAGACAGCACCUUGGCCAAGCGAGAGAUCUUUCAUCCGCAUGGGCUUAGAUCUCGGGCAGUUUCAAAUCAGCUGCCAUUCAGCCCGAAGAAGCAAUCAUUUCCUUUCUCGGUUACCUGUGAGUACUUGUGUCAUUGUUAAAUAUGCGACAAUUUCCAUGCUCAUGGUGCUAACGUUUGAAACAGGCAAAGCAGUCGUUCAAGUCCGCUACACCGAUGUCAUCGUCCUGGUUUCGCCCAAGACUACAACAAUUACUGCACCCACGCCUGUCGUCACCUCCACAACUACAAUUACCUCCACGAGCACCAUCACGGUUGCCCCUCCGCACAUCACAAAUACAGAGACUGACUUCACCACCACCUCGACGACCACAACUUCGAGUCAAACUACCACAUCGAUCACCUCGACGACCGAGACCAUUACCGUCCAAGCGAGCACUACCGUCUAUGCCGCUUGUGCUACCGCCAACCUUCUCGGUCCCAAGAUCACUGGAGGCGACAUAAUCGAUGUGGCUUACUAUAAUCCUGGCUCAGGCAACCCUCAGCUCAACACAGGUAUAACCGACGCCUAUGACUGCUGUGUCGCUUGCUUACUAGACGGAUCCUGUGGCAUCAGCUUAUUUGAUCCCAACGUUGGCUGCAGUUAUCUCAAUGGGAUGACCUGUUCAGCGGGCCAAGCAUCGAAUCCCGCUGGAAACCUCAAUAUCAGGCACCAACCGGCUGGACAGAACUCUGGCUCUUCUGUAGUCUCUAACGGUCCUUGCGGCGUGGCUACUGAUGGCGGUCAGGGUUGAGCAAUGUCUGUUUCUGCAUUUCCAUGCGAUUGGCUUGAUUUGCCGGAAACAUCGAUCUGGUGCGCAUGACAUAGGUUCGGAAUAGACAGCUGGUCACACCCAAUUCAUUCAUCCACAAUUCGAUCAUAUCUGUGAUUCAUAUCUGAGAUCCGCUUCUUCUUUCCACGGCUCCUAACAUGACUGCGAAAGCGUAAGAUAAUUUUUUGGGGACUGCACCUACGGCCAAACUGAGUAAGUGUAAGCAUCACUCUGAACGGAAACGUGUCUGAUCAUCAAAAACAUCAGGCCUCCCAAGGUAUGAAUACAUGAAAAUAAAUCCCAGUAGGCUGAGCGUCCCUUCUCGAAAAGAAAAAACAGUAGA